GUCACUUAACCAAUUAGGGUUUUGAGCGCUAGAUAUAAAAGCAAUUCUCGCCUUCUUAUUUCCCUUUUUUCGCCUAGUAGGGUUUGCAUUUGCACCGCCGUUUGGGCAAUUUAGGAUUCAACAGAACCCUAGGGACUACAGCCGGCAACCAUGGGUAUUUCACGAGAUUCGAUGCACAAGAGGCGUGCCACCGGAGGCAAGAAGAAGGCCUGGAGGAAAAAGAGAAAGUAUGAGCUUGGAAGGCAACCAGCAAACACAAAGUUGUCAAGUAACAAGACAGUCCGUAGGGUGAGGGUCAGAGGAGGUAAUGUGAAGUGGCGUGCCCUGAGGCUGGAUACAGGGAACUACUCUUGGGGACGUGAAGCUGUGACCCGGAAGACUCGUAUUCUGGAUGUGGUUUACAACGCGUCGAAUAAUGAGCUGGUAAGGACCCAAACUUUGGUAAAGAGCGCUAUUGUGCAAGUGGAUGCUGCACCAUUCAAGCAGUGGUAUUUGCAGCACUAUGGAGUUGAUAUUGGUAGGAAGAAGAAGGCUGCUGCCAAGAAGGAAGGAGAGGAGAUUGAGACUGCUGCUACUGAAGAGGCAAAGAAGAGCAACCACGUUAAGAGAAAAAUUGAAAAACGUCAACAGGAUCGCAAACUUGACCCACACGUGGAGGAGCAAUUUGGCAGUGGCCGUUUGUUAGCUGCAAUCUCCUCCCGUCCUGGCCAGUGUGGCCGUGCCGAUGGGUAUAUUUUGGAGGGCAAGGAGUUGGAGUUUUACAUGAAGAAACUCCAGAGGAAGAAAGGGAAGGGUGCUGGUGCCGCUUGAACUUUUGUGUUGCUCGUGUGAACGUUCUCCCUCCCAAAAUCUCGCCCUAUUUUUGUCAUUGUUGUUCUCCCUGCUAUGGGAUGAGUAAGUUUGAGCUUUUCUAGUGUUGGGUUGAACUAUUAAUUGUUACACUAGUGAAUUUUUUCGAGGAGGAUUAUGUUCAUUUCUGUUCUCGUUCUCGUUCUCGUUCAGUGAUAGCAUUGAUGGAAACAGAAUUAAGAUCUCAA